UCGCGGGCAGAUUUGCUUUGUGAUCAUAACGCCUUAGUCGAGGACUUCAUCGUUCGGCUCGUUGAACAGACAGAGGCGUCUGCACCAUGCAGAUCUUUGUUAAAACCCUCACGGGUAAGACCAUCACCCUCGAGGUCGAGUCCUCGGACACGAUCGACAAUGUCAAGGCCAAGAUCCAGGACAAGGAGGGCAUCCCGCCCGACCAGCAGCGCCUGAUCUUCGCCGGCAAGCAGCUCGAGGAUGGCCGCACCCUUUCGGACUACAACAUCCAGAAGGAGAGCACCCUCCACCUCGUCCUGCGUCUUCGCGGCGGUGCCAAGAAGCGCAAAAAGAAGACCUACAACACCCCCAAGAAGAUCAAGCACAAGCGCAAGAAGGUCAAGAUGUCGAUCCUCAAGUACUACAAGGUUGACUCGGACGGCAAGAUCAAGCGUCUCCGCCGCGAGUGCCCCUCUGCCGAGUGCGGCGCCGGUAUCUUCAUGGCCUUCCACCAGGACCGCCAGUACUGCGGCAAGUGCGGCCUCACGUACACCUUCCAGCCCGGCACCAAGCCCCCUGCCGUCUAGUGUAGCUUAGGAUUGUGAUCGAUAUGUAGCAUGAUAUGCGAUAUGCGACGUGUACUGCCAAUGUUCUUGCGUGAAGAACCGACGGCAAGCUUGAUGAACGCCUGAAC